AUGUGUGUUACGUCGAACCUAACCCCUGCCAUGCCGCCCGCCCCUUGUGUGCCGCCCAACCCUCCUGCUCCUCUUGCCCCUGCUGCCGCCCCAGUUUCCCCUACUCCCCCUCCCACCCCUUGUACUCUCCUCCCUUCUCCUACUGUGUCUGCUGCUACUGUACCUGCUGCUGCCGUUCCCACACCAACUCCACCACCUCCUGCCACACCCCCACCGUCUGCCACACCUCCACCUCCUGCCACCUCUCCCACUACCCCCGUUUGCCCCAUCGUUCCCAAUCCCCUCGAAACGAUUCCCGUUUCCCCCAUCCGUGUUCCCCCCAUCCGUGUUCCCCCCAUUACCGUUCCCACCAUGCUCGUCCCCCCUCUUCCCCUUGCCCCCAUUCCUGUACUCCCCAUGCCCACCUCGCUGUUCCCAAUCCCACCGUUCCCACCCCCGCCGUCUUCACCCCCGCUGUUCCCACCCCCGCCGUUCCCACCCCCGCCGUUCCCACCCCCGCCGUUCCCACCUCCGCCGUUCCCACCCCUGCCGUUCCCACCCUCGCCGUUCCCACCCCUGCCAUUCCCAACCCCGCCGUUCCCAACCCCGCCGUUCCCACCCCCUCCGCUCCCACACCCCCGCAGUCCCCCCCACCACAUCAGCACCCCUAGCCACACCUGGCAGCCCCCCAAGCUACUAGUCCGUGAGGGGCGCGUUCCCCCCAGCAGCAGCGGCAGCUUGAAUCUCGGCCAGCUGCCUAUCGACGACCUGGGCGUGGGCGCGGCGGGCAAAGAGGGUCUGCAGGGCGGGGCUCAUGGCCUAGAAGGCGUGGGCGUCGAGGGGGCACUGCAGGAAGGCGUCGAUGGCCGCCAUGCGCUGCUCGUCUGUCAAAGAGGGGAGGGCAGCUGA